GCUCCUUAGAGUGUCCCCGGGCCGCUGCCCUGGCAGCCUGCGUACAGCGUGCCGAGCCUCCGCGCCCGCCGCCAGUCCCCCCGCCAGCAGGUCACUCGAGAAAGAUGAAGAUAUUUAGCCUCUUUGCAUUCAUGGCCUACUGCCAUUUGCUGAAAGCAUUUAUGAUCACAGUUUCCAAGGACCUGUAUGUGGUGGAGUACGGCGGCAAUGUGACCAUGGAGUGCAAAUUCCCGAUAGAAAAACAGUUAAACCUGCUUGCACUAAUUGUUUACUGGGAAAUGGAGGAUAAGAAAAUCAUUCAGUUUGUGAACGGGAAGGAAGACCUGCAAGUUCAGCACAGCAGCUACAGCCAGAGGGCCCAGCUGCUGAAGGACCAGCUCUUCUUGGGGAAGGCCGCGCUUCAGAUCACAGACGUGAAGUUGCAGGAUGCUGGGGUUUACUGCUGCUUGAUCGGCUAUGGCGGUGCUGACUACAAGCGGAUUACUUUGAAAGUUCAUGCCCCAUACCGCAAAAUCAACCAAAGAAUUUCUGUGGAUCCUGUCACCUCUGAACACGAACUAAUGUGUCAGGCUGAGGGUUACCCUGAGGCUGAAGUCAUCUGGACAAGCAGUGACCAUCGAGUACUGAGUGGCAAAACCACCAUCACUAAUUCCAACAGGGAGGAGAAGCUUUUCAAUGUGACCAGCACACUCAGAGUCAACACAACAGCUUACGAGAUUUUCUACUGCACUUUUCGAAGAUCAGGUCCUGAGGGAAACAGAAACAAUACCGCUAAGUUGGUCAUUCCAGAACCCCUUCCAGUUCCACCAAAUGAGAGGACUCACUUCGUGGUUCUGGGAGCUGUCCUGGUGUUUCUUGCUGUAACCCUAGCAGUCAUCUGUCUAAAGAGAAAUGGGAAAAUGAUGGAUGUGGAAAAAUGUGGCAUCCGAGAUAGGAUCUCAAAGAAACAAAAUGAUAUACAAUUUGAAGAGACAUAAACCAGCAUUGAAACUGCUGAUCUUAAAGCAGGGAUUCUCAGCCUGUGGUCUGAGUUUGGCAGAGCUACACAUGACCAGAGCAGUGCAGUGGGCCAGGCAAGCUGCAGAUGCUGUAGGACUGACCAGAUCCAAUCACUCGGCAGUGGAAGCUGGGAGAGAAGAGAACAAAGCAAGAAGGAGCAGAGCGGGUAGCCUGCAAGGAGACCUUGGUACUUCAGAAUGACUGGGAGACCCAUGGGCGCCUCCGGGACAGAGGAGGGCUGCUUCUGAAAGAUGAGCCCCCACACAAAUUGUCCAUCGCUCAUCCUAGGAAAACAAGUUGAGAUUCCCUGAUGUAAUGGUCAGUUCCUGCAGAAGUGCCCUUUGCCUUCACUCAACGUCGCUGUUUGUCGUCUGUAUGACUGAGAGUCCCAGUGUUGCAACAGUAUUUAAGUAUGUUAUUUCUAUUUAUUUUGAGUCUUUGGAGUCUUGUCACGUGAGUGUGGUUGUGCAUGAUUUCUUUGGAAGAUAUAUUGUAGAAGAAGUUAAAAUUUUGUCACAAAACUAAACUUACUGCUUAGUGAAUUGUGCAUGUUCAAUAAAAUGUGUAGUA